CGGGGUGGUGGCCAUCUUUGUUAGGGGCAGAAGCCUCUGGUUACGGAGCCCGAGACAGUCCAUAACCGUCCUCAGGCCUCACGGACGGGAGCUGCAGCCUCUUGGGAUGGGGCGGAGUCCUGGCUACCGCGGGCGCUGGGCCGACCGGGGAAGCGGGAAUCGCUAGACUCAUUCCAGACUCCCAUGGCCCUGGCAUCUCGUUCCGGUGGUCCCCUGCCUCCGCUCACUACCGCGGCCCCACUGUGGGCACGGCCUGGGGAUGCUGGGGAGGAGCCGUGGGAGGGAAGGCAAGCGGCCUUUCUCCGAGGAGAGGUUCCUGGCUACGCUCGGCUUCCAGUUGCCCGGAACAUCCCCGGCCUGGACCUGAGGCCCGGGGCAGCGCCAGGGGCCGCGAGCGAGCAGCGCGAGGCCGGCUCUGCGGACUGGAGGCGGGAGCUGGCGCCUGGCGGCCCGAUCCCUCCCACGCUGCAGCGUCUGCGGACCGUGCUGUUGCGGCUGCACCGCGAGCGGGAGCAGCUCCUGCAGGCCCGGGACUGCGCCCGCCACCUCCAGGCGGCCGUGCGCCUCCUCAGGACCCUGAGCACCGGCACGCCAUCCGUCGGCUCGGGCCCGGUACCUCAGUUGUGCCGCGACCUACGGCUGCAUGCUCCCGGAGGGGCGCUCCGGCGAAUCGGCCUCCGGGACACCCUCCUAGCGCGCGCCAUCGGACUAGCAGCCCAGCGUCUAGAUGCAGCCAUCGAGAUGCAGCUUGUCGCUGUGGGGAGGGCGCCUGCCAGCCCGUCUCUGUCUUCCCGGCUCGCCGACCUGCUGCAGUUGCUCCCCACCUACCACGGACUGCAGGGGAAAGCCCUGAGGCACGUCCCUGGGGCCGCGCGCCCUUUCCCCACAGCCCGUGUGCUUCGUCUCCUGGCGGAGGAGCGAGGUUGCCAGAUGGCAAGGAGGCUGGAAGGGGCGCUUUGGAGAUCGGGUUUAAAAGACCAGCUCCGUAGGCAGUGCCAGGAAGAGCGGGAGCUCCUGCCAGGGCUGCUGGGCUUGGUGGGGGGCGUGGCAGGUGCAGCCGGCAGUGCACUGGGCCUAGGAGGGGCUGGCAGUCUGUGGAGCCAAUAUUGGACCCUGCUGUGGGCAGCCUGUGCUCAGAGUCUGGACCUCAACUUGGGACCUUGGAGAGACUCCAGGGUGGUGGCAAAACAGCUGGACCAGGCACUGGGUCAGGCAUCCCUGCCUCAGGAGUGUGAGAAGGAGCUGGCUUCUUGGUGUCACAGCCUACGCCGUCAGUCUCUCAUCGGGAGCUGGGACCAAGGAUUCUGCCAGGCCCUAGGGUCGGCUCUUGGGGAUCUGAGCAGCCCUCCAGGGGCUUCUCACACCGCGCAGUUGCUGCAACAGCUCUUCCCUCCUCUCCUGGAUGCCCUCCGACAGCCAGAAUCAGGGCCGCUCUGCGGUCAGCUGCCUGGUCCUGCCCCCGUCGCCCUGGCCCUCUGUACUCUGCAGACUACCUUGCUCUGGCUCCUGGGCCGAGCUCAGCGGCACCUGGCAGCAUGGGCCCCAGGCCCAUUCCUGCUUCUCAUCCAAAAGGACUUACCUCCCCUGUUACGUGAGGUGGAAGCUCUGUCUAGGCUGACCUCGGAGGAAACUUCAGGGCCGGAGGCAGAGCAGCAGCUGAACCUGGAGAUGCACAGGUUGGCCACACGGAUACAGCUCCUGCCCGAAGAGUCACUGGGUCUCUUCUCUGAAGCAUGUCAUAAACAGGCCACACAGGGCUUCAAACUCCACAUGCCACAGGGUCGGUACUGGCGGCCUCGACUCUGUUCUGAACUUCCCAGCGUUCCUAGUGAGUAUGCUGGAUUGGUGGUCCGCACGGUCCUGGAGCCUGUGUUGCAAGGACUGCAGGGGCUGUCCCCACAAGCCCAGGUCCCUGCCCUCGGGCCAGCACUUACAGCCACCCUGCGUGCCUGGCUCGACCACAUCCUCACCUGUGGGAUCCGGUUCAGCCUGCAGGGGGCGCUGCAGCUCAGACAGGACUUUGGAGUGGUCAGGGAGUUGCUGGAAGAGGAGCAGUGGGGCCUGUCCCCAGAACUUCGCCAAAGCCUGUUCAUGCUCAGCAUCUUCCAGCAGCUGGAUGGGGCCAUUCUGUGUUUACUGCAGCAGCCCCUGCCCAAGACCCGAGUGGGCAGGAGGCGCCUUUGUUGCUGUACUUGUACUGACGUCCAGUCCACAGAACUGCCCAGCAGCUGCCUCAACAGCCUAGAGAGCUUGGAGCCCUCUCUGCGCCCUGGCAUGCUGUCAGCCCGGACAGCUCAGCUGCUAAGCAGCCUGCGUGGAGGAGGCCCCAGCCCCGAGGCCUACCUGGUGGGAAAUCAGCAGGCCUGGCUGGCCCUGCGACAACAUCAGGACUCUCGGUGGCACCUGACUUUCCUUGCCUGCCUGGGUAUCAGCCCUGAAUCCUAAGGAGAGGUGUCAGGAAGCCAGAGACCUGCCAGCUCUGGUUGGAAAAACCCCAACAUGUGGAACUGUACAUUAAAGCAGCCUAAAAUCGACA